AUGAAAUGGGUCCAAAAUGUUUCUUACCAGAUAAAGUCAUUUUUAUCUCAGCAUAUAUCAAACACUAGCCUACGAGUGGCUGCGUUUGCAGUUGCCUUGUGUUCUUGUCUUGUAUCUGGAUCAAUCUUACUAUUCACCUUGUUUGGUCCAUCUUUUCAUGAUGUACUUGGACUUUCAUAUCUCGAAAUCAACUGGAUUGCUUCCUUAUCGGCAGGUGGAAUGUACUUAUGUUUGCCUGCCUUGGGCUACUUGUCUGACUGCUACGGGCCCUCAAUUUUGUCAUUUUUAUCUGUAUGGUUUUUCGUGCCUAGUUAUGCCUUCAAUAGCUACUUGGUAAAAAGUGGCUGCAACAAAUUGGCAUUAUAUUGUUGCACAUUCUGCUUGAUUGGGUUAGCCACUUCAUCGUUGUAUUUUUCAAGUUUGUUGACCUGUGCAAAGAUUUUUCCCAAACAUAAAGGAUUGGCUAUAUCUUUACCCGUGACUUGUUAUGGUCUAAGUGCAUUAAUUGGCUCGCAAUUGCUCAAGUUGAAGUACUUUAGGAUGAUUUAUCAGUUGAAUCUGGAGAUGUUGGAUUUGGUAAAGGUUUUCAGCUUUUUCGCCUGGUUAUACUUGAUUAUUGGAGUGCUAAGUUUCAUAUCCAGCUCCAUUGUUCUUGUAGAACAAGACGUUAUAUUUGAUUUAGAAGAGACUGACGUCGAUGAUAAUACACCUUUACUAAAUAAUGACUUGACUCCCCAAAGGUCCACAAGAUCCAUUGACCCUCCAAACCACAAGAAAAGGUUCAAGCUUUUCUUGAAGGAUUUAUCCUCAUGGGUGCUCCUAAUGUCACUUGUGAUGAAUAUUGGUCCAAUGGAGAGUUAUCAAAACAAUUUAAGCUCCAUUGAUGCCAUUUUGGAGCCGGUCAAGUCAGAGUCUAGCCUCUCAGAUAAAGUAAGUGUAUUAGCCACCUCAUCUACCAUAGCUAGGCUUGUAUUUGGUGGAUUGAGUGACUUGUUGGAAGUAAAGGGAUACAGUUCGAUACCUUUAUUAAUAGCUACGGUAUUGUGUGGUAUUGGGGGCCAAUGGUUUAACAAUGUUGUACUCAAUGGUAUAUCAUAUGGAGGUAUGUUUACUAUUUACCCCACUAUAGUAGCAUCCGUGUGGGGGAUUGAUAUUAUGGGUUCCACAUGGGGCUCUUUUAUGGUUGCACCAGCAAUCGGGUCAAUUAUGUUUUCCUUGUUUUAUGGAAAAGUGGCUGAUGCCGGUCAAAAUGGUAACGACGCGGAGAGAUUGCAGGUCUACUUCAAAACUACAUCUUUCUCCUUAUUGGUUAGUUGUAUAUUGGUAUUGACAGCUUAUAGAAUAUGGCGCAAAAGGGGCCAGUCAUGUUGA